GCGGGAAGUGCAGAGGAAUUUAUGUUGAGUUGUAAUCUGAAAGAAAAACUCAUUUCAUUCUUAUUUUGUGGAGUAUUUUUCAUAAUUCGAGUAUAAUGAAACCAAAAGCUAGAAGCGAACUUGGGGAUGUGACAGUACAUAAUAUCAAACAGCUGAAGAAAUUAAACUCCGUUGUCUUUCCAGUUACUUACAACGAGAAGUUUUAUAAAGAUGUCCUUGAAGGUGGAGAAUUAGCAAAACUUGCCUACUAUAAUGACAUAGUAGUUGGAGGUGUCUGCUGUAGAGUAGAUAAAACAGAAGAUGGGAGAAGACUUUAUAUUAUGACUCUUGGCUGUUUAGCACCAUAUAGGAGACUUGGAAUAGGAACCCUUAUGCUAGAGCAUGUCCUGAAGAUAUGUGAAAAGGAUGGAAAUAUAGACAACAUAUAUCUCCAUGUACAGAUCAGCAACCAAGGAGCCAUUGACUUCUACAAGGGUUUUGGGUUUGAAAUAAUUGAAACAAAAAAGCAAUACUACAAACGUAUUGACCCAGCAGAUGCUUAUGUACUUCAAAAGACACUGAAAAAAACUGAAGGCAGCAAGAAGGAUUAAUGGAAACUUSAAUAAAAUUGCUAAUUAAUUAUACAAGAUUCAAAAACUUUGAGUAUAUAUUGAGAUAGGAGCAAAAUGCUCAUGGCCUUAAUUAGAAAAUUMAAGUUGUACUUCUAGCAGAACAUAAUUCUAAAGUCUUGAAGUAAACACAAUAUCAAAGUAAUUUGUAUUUCAGAAUACUGAAACAUGUGUGAAUGUAUGUAUUGAGUUUCUAAACCGCUUUGACAAGAUAAUCACAGAGGUAAACAGUGAAAAAAAUAUUACACAAAAUGUGCUUGACAAUAUUUUACAUUAACCCUGGAGGAGACAGCUAUCCCUGCUCUCUGGAAGGUAUUCAACAGUUAUCUUGUACUCACAGAUAAAUGAUUUGCAAUAGAUUUUACCUUCAUUCUUUAUGAGGAGUUCUUGUCCUUACUUCGAAUUUAGUUGACCAUCAUGAACUACAAUAAAUGAUUUUGCCUUGUUUAUGUAUGAGUUUCUUUUGAUAAGCAGUGGAUUUUCUUUUGUAAAUCAAUAAAGUAGUAAAACUCAGAAUCU